AUGGGAAACGCAGAGUCGGCAAAGAAAAAACAUCAGAAAAAGGCGAUACCACAUUCAAGCGCGACAUCAACUCAAGGGAAAACCUUGAACGACACGAAGAAAAUCUUACUUCUACACAAAUCAGAUGCGGAGCAAGUAAAAGUUGUGAGGAAUUUUCGCGAUGCUCUAACAAGCAAGGCCAAUGGAAGCAUUCGUGUGACGGAUUUCGUAAACGUUACUGAUGGAAGUGGAUUUGCGAAAAGUCUGCCUUGGUUGGAAGAAUUAAAUAACGUUGUUCUCAUCUGUUUAACAUCCGAAGCCAUCACCCAGCUUGAAAAGAUUGUUCGUGACAAACGAUUCGCUGAUGAAAAUGGCCAUCUUCACGGAAAGGUGUUUAGUGUUUCUUUCGGAGAGAAUUUAUCUUCGGAAUGGCCUCCUCAAGGCUUACAAAAAGGAUCUUUGGAUGCAAGGGAUUUCCACUUUGGGUUUAAGGAUGUGGUGAAUUUGCGACCGCAAGAUUUCGAGAGAUCGGACAAAAUGAAUGCUCUUGUUGCAGCGAUUAAAGGCACAAAGUAGGCAGAAUUCUACUGAAAUCGAUAAAACGUUGUGGACAUUUUGUGCGGCUCUUACGGCGGUCAACGGAUCUGGAUAGAACUGAUCUGGGAAACAUUGUUUGUUCACUGAUAUUUAAUACACUGUCAAGUGACUGUUGGGUAUAUUUUUUAGUUUACAACAUAUAUUUGUAGGGCUCUCGUGAAUAUUAUACAAUUCGAUGUUUAAUUUCAGUAAUAUCGGCGGAAAUAUUUUGUUCUUCUUGAACUAAAAAAUUGAAAUACGUUGCCUAGAUUUUUCAGAAAAUAUUUUGAUUUAUUUAUGCUAACCGAGUAGUUUUGUUAGUAGAAAUUCACGCGUGUUUUUUCAAAGAUAUAGUCCUGGUCAAGUUGUAUUUGAGAUUUCUGGAAUUGUGUACAAACAAGUUCAAAUCGAAGAUCAGGCUUGCAAUAAAGGCUUCAAAACAGUUUUGUCACGUUUUGUUAGGUUCGUAAUGAAAGUUAGACUCAUUUCUCUGACCUUUUUAAGGUAAAAUCGGAUUUUGCGGGGAAAGCGGAUUUUUGACGUUUUUGCCGCUUCCUUAUUGGGUAACUGUGUAUAAAGCUAAUUCUUUUUGAGGGCUUACCGGAUGUUGUGAUAGUACUUCCGGUUUUAGCCCUGCAACCAAUCAAAUAACAGGGAGGUUUGUCAAACGAGCGGCUUGUGACAGGGUGUAGAAAGCGUUAUGGCGGAAUAAUCAACCCUAGAUUUCCUAUAAAUUUAGCUUCUCAACAUGACGAAGGCAGAUAAUAAAUACACAACCGUCCAAAUGGAAGAGAGGAAAUCAAGGGCAGGAGAAGUACACGAACUGGAAGAGCCAUUUGAUGAAGAAUUUUGGUUAAAGGUAAGAUGUUUGUUAUCAUUCGAAUGCAAAUAUUUCCACGCUCCAUUGUCUUGAUCCAUAAAAGUUGACCUCGUUUUAUUUUAACUAGUGCAUUAUUCUUACUUAUAUAUUUAUAUCUACUGCUUAGAUGAGGAUGCAACUCUUACACUAAGUUGAUUUGAGGGCCCUGUAGUAAUACUUCGAAUUCAAAUAGUUAGCAGAUAUAAGGCUACGUUAACCAUAUCGUUACAUAUUUUGAAGAAUCUAGAAUGCAACGUACGGUAGCCUGUGAUCGUGUAUAACUGUAUAAAUGAAAUUUUCAUUCCCUAGUCUUGGUAAUUUCAGAUUUUGUCCCUUUUUCGCUACAGACGUGAGACUAUACAUUUUGUACUGAGUUGCAGUUGCUUUCAUGUAUGUUAUGUCAACUAUCAUUCAUUCGGCAUAUGGUCGUGCUUUAUCAAAUAUUUACUCCUAUUUAGCCACUUCUCUAACGCUGUUACUCUGGAACACUAGUUAAUAUUGAUCAUUCAAACAAAACUGCUCAACAUCAGGCUAAUAAUAUUACUGCCCCUUCCUGGGUAACUUUUCGAAUCUGACCGAUUCUACUAUUUUAUUUUCAUUUUCAUACAGGGGGUUCCCCUGGGGUACCCCUGUAGUGAUCAUAUAUUCAAAAUUAACCUACACAUUAAAGUAAAAGGUAUUCUACGGUAUACUAUACUCUAUUAUUAUACAUUGUACUCACUAUCUGUUUUCUCAUUGGUUAAGAGCAUACAGUUCAUUUUGGAAAUCAGUGCAACCUUCAGAUUAGUUGAUUAGUUAUCUGCUAGCAGAUUACUGACUGAUCUGUAGGUUGCACGCGCAAUGCAUGAUUUCCAAGAGCAAUGUCAAACUGUGUUUCAUGCGAUUCUGCGUUUCGGCAAUAAAGCUCAUAUAUCUUACCAGGCACAGAUCCAUACCGGUUUCCACCAUUUUAUGGAAAUUGGUCAGAUCUGUUGCAAUAAAUAUAUUAUUAUCAAUAAUAAAAAACUUUUCAAGUUGAAAUCAAGAGAUGAAAUAAUCUGCCGAUUUGCAAGACUUCAUCCAAGGAGAAUGGAACUGGCUAACAUUCUGUGUGAAUGACUCAGAAACCCAGGAAAGGGGACUUUAGGGAGUUAAAAUAAAUAAAAAUUAAAGGGGAUCAUGUCCCCGACCCCCUAGAAGCUUGCACCUUUGACGCUCAUUUAGGAAAUCAGUCAGUAUUUAUCCUAGAUAAGCGCCUGCUUAUAGAGAAUAUUAAAUUGAAUGUACUUGGGAUUAAAAUUUGGUUCUUGGGAUUUAUUAACUUGCGGCUAGUUUUGUCUUAAUGUUAAAAUCUUUAAUCAGACAAAAAAGGAACAGACCCCCCUGUAUUUGUUCAAAAAUUAAAUAUAGCCUUGUAAAUUAAAGGUACAAGAAAAGUUUGAUGCCAAAAAGGUAUCAUGGAACAGAGCAAUGGAUGAAGUUAGGACAGACCGACUGUUAGCAAAGCAUGGCAAAGACACUAUUCUGAUUUUGAUUCGUGAAUGGCCUAACAGUGAGAAGUACAAAGGAAAACCAGAGCUAGUUGUCAGCUUAGAAUACUUGGUGAGUAUGCUAAGACAUCUUGAUUUACAUAGUGGUUUUAAAACACUUCACAUUUUGCAUCUGGAUGUCAGCUUUGAAACCCUGUUGAUGGUUGCAAUGAAGUAGUUUCAAAUAGAAAAGAAACAUUACUCCAUGUUAUCUUUCUCCACUUACUGUACAUAAAUAAAUAAGGGGUAUAUAAUAUUUGAGAGUUUGUAAAAUUUUAGUCAUCUCAUCUCUUCUGCCAGACACCUGACUUUAAACUGCAAGGCUUUGAGACUCUUUUAAUAUUUUCCGAUCUCAUCAUUUCUUAGUAGACCAUUCUUUAUCCCUUUGUUAAAUUCCUUAGGUAUUAUGAUAUGUAAGAUUAUGUUAAGAUGAUCAAGUGCACUGACACAAAAUCAUGAAGUCUGUUCAGAACAGAUAGGCCAAACACCUUUAAUAAUUACCAUGUCCAGAGGUAUACAUGGUAUGCCCUUUAUAGACAACAUUUAAACAUUGCUCCCCUCAAGGUCACCCUGUAGUAUGUCAAUAAGUUUACCAUGUGAUGGGUGAGCUUCAAUUCCCAUUCAGGGAGUUUUCAAUAUGACUACCCAUAAUGUACAUAGACCAGUUUAUCCUUUGCUAGACUAGUAGUCUAAGUGCAUUGCUACCCCUCCACCCUGCUCUCCCACAGAUAUGGCUAUACAUGGGUUAGUAGCAUCCCAUCUGAUAGUGUGGGGCGUAGCCACUGUUAGUUGUACUUUUCUUUAAUUUCCGCUGCCCCUAUUUGAAAACUUAAGUAGUGUCAUUUAGAUGCAAAAACUUCCUGUUUCUUUUUAGCGUUGACUGACACUACCAUUAUAGUACUGUGUUAAUUUGUUUUGCAGAUAAGUCGAUUCACAGAAAUCAUUUUAGAACAGGACAAUGAUGAAGAGUACAAGUAUUUCCGAGUUGAAGAAGACCCUGCUCGUCCAACGCUACUCCAUCUUGCUGCAGAGCGGAAUUUCCUGCAUGUGGCAAAAUUACUCACAGAAACAUAUCCCUCACUUUUAUAUUUGGAAACUGAGGAAGUUUCUGGAGAGAGGGCUUAUUUGCCUGUGGAAAAGGCUCUCUUGUCAUACCAAGAUGAAACAGCGGCAUAUCUUAUAUCACAAAUGAAACAUGACUGGUAGGUGAAAACUGCUACUAUGAUCAGCGUUUCUGAUAUGCACUUUUUGUCAUAUUUGCAUGGAAAAGGCGUGUUAUGAAUUUUAAUAAUUAAAUAAUUAUCAUUAAUUAUUAGUUUCAAGCUUCCUUUGUGAUAGAAAUGGAAGGUUUCUAAAUGGACAAUCAGGAUUGCCAUUCUCAGAAUGUGUUUAACAUUCUGCAAAUAAUUUUUGCUUAUUAGUCUUACUUGCUCAAAUAUGAGGUCAUUCAUGACACUGGCAGAGUAGCUGUUCUUUUGUAGAUGUCAUUCAAAACUUGCCAAUAGACUUCGGAGCGAAGAAGGCUGAUAGUCUUUCCCAACUUUGGUUCUGACCAAAAUGAUAAACUUGCAGAUGUAUUUGUUUAACUCCAAUGCUGGAAUUUCUUCAACUUUUCUAAGUUCAUUCCUGGUUCCUUAAAAAGGCUUGCAAAAGUUUUACAUCCCGUUGUGUUUUUUGUAAUGUGGCUUUGUUUUCUUGUUCUGCAAUAAAAUUAUCAACUGAACAGACGUCCACAAACCUUUCCGACAUCUUGAAAAUAAAAAGGCAGCUUGCCAGUUUUCGCGCCAAGGAUGACGUGGCUUGCCGUAUGAUCUCUUUUCGCGAGUGAAAAACAUUGUUCGUCCAAUCAGACGCCGCAAACAAUGAUUUUUCACUAGUGAAAUUUCAUCGUUCACGUGGCUGAUUGGCUGCGACUAAAAACAGAAUGAUUUUUUCAACACUGUCAUCUGUGUGGAUAAAUCUCAGUACUUAUAAAAUAAAUAAUCAUCCUCCCCCUCGCUGGGCUUUUCAGGGAUAACAAAUACCUCAAGUGGAUCAUAACAAGGAUAAGAGUGGUAUUUAGUAGAAGGUGAAACAGUUAGCUAUUUACAAGCGUGGUCGAGGAUUUGAACACAGGAAUACCAAGAACAAAUCCAGCUAGCGGUCAGUGUGACACUUGAACCCUGGACCUCUGGAUUACAAGUCCAGCACGCUGACUGCUCGGCCACAAUGCCUCCAUGAUGUUGAUUAUUUUAUUUUUCCUACCAGGGUUCAUGAGCUGUUCUUGUACAAUGAUGAGUUGAAGAAAUCAAAGUUUAGUUUUGGACACUUCAUCAGUCAUAAAAAUUCUGUAACAAAUCAAUAUGACAUGAAGGUGAGAUAUAUGCUGGUAUUAAAUACAUGUAUUAAAUGUACAUGAAGUCUACGGUUCGACUGAUCCAAUUGACUGUAUUAAAUGUACAUGUAUAAAUGAAUAUCUAUUUAUUCUAUCCACUAGGAACUGAGCGCUAUAAAGCCUCCUUGAAAUCGAGAAAACUUACCCUAGGCCCAGGGGGUACUCCUGGGAAUUCUUGGUGGGAGUGUGCCACCUGGUUCUACAAAUCCUGACCCUAUUUCAGACCAAAAAAUGUCAUUUUCCAUACUCGGUUUCAGACCAGACCUCUAAAAUCCAUAACCAUUUUCAGACCUGGCCUUUAGGCAGAAAUUAUGUUAUCAUUACUUAGGGCCUGUUUACAUUGAGGUGGGGGACCCCAGGUAGGUGAGGUAACCCUCUUAGGUGGGGUAACCCACCUGUCCAUAUAAUCUAUCAUUUUGAUUUGAUCGGGUUUACAUGAUAGGUGGGGUGACCUGCCACAUGUUACCUCACCUAUCUGGGGUCCCCCACCUCUAUAUAAACAGGCCCUUAGAUUAGUGCACAAACAAAAAAAUUCUUCAAAUGGAUUUCGAAUUCGCAUAUUUCUCUUUUUUUCGUAUUUGGAAUUGACAUGAAAAAUACGUUCAUACACUCUCGUAGUUCCCUCAAAAACCAUACCCGAUUCCAGACCAAAAUGGGCAAAGUGUAUACCCGUUUUCAGACCAGCACGGUGCAAAAACCAUACCCGAUGGGGCGGAAAAUACCCCUAUCGCUUAUGUAAGGGAGUAUUCCCCCUCCGGGCCCUGGGUGGCUUAAGGAGGGCCAAUUGUCUACUCAAGCUACCCUGGGCGAGCCAACGUUUCCUACAGUUCCCUACUAAACUUGGUGAACCAUUUUCGUGAAUAUAAACGCUUGCUCAAGUUGACUUUUCUCUUUCCCAGGACAACUUUUGUAUAAUUAUUAUAUAAAUGGGUGCCUAAAUUUAGGUAGGACUUUGAUUAUUGUACUACUUUUGAGGUUAACACAAUGUUCAGUAAUUUUUACUGAUAAUGUGAGUUACUGUACAGCCCAUGAAAUGCAUUUGUGGCCUAGAUGGUGGCCUUGCAGAAAACGGGUAAAGUUCAUGCACUUUUAAACAAUAUUCUUAGUGAAAAUUCUUGGAGUCAGUGUCAGUGAAUAAUGAUAAAAAAUAAACUGCUAUUUAAUCGAGAUAGUAAUAGUCUUACGGCAGUAUUUCCUUCACAAACAACCGGAAAUUACUAUCCUACAAAAUUCGAAAGCAAACAGCGUUCGUUGAACCGUUCACGGCUUAAGACGGUUGAUAGGCAUUUAUAAAAAAAAAUUCGCUUCUCUGCUGCCAUGUAUCAUUUUUAAAAAAAUAUUUUUCAAAGAACCAAUCGAACUUUUACAGCGUGAGGACUCUAGUAGACUAAGCUCUUCCCCGACAAGCGCGCGAUAAAUAACUCAGUUAUUCAGUCUUAAAUGUGUUUUUGUCCACUAGAAAACAGUGGUAGCAGUGUUGGAUCGACUUGUCAACCCACACUGGCCCUACUUACCAGAGAAAAGUCGAGAGCUAGGAGACAACAGUGAUCGCAUUGAACGAGCAUGGAGUAGUGUCCCUGAUGACCCAAUGAACUAUGAUUUCUUCUAUCAUAUUUUGGAUGCUGAUGAAGAAGGGAGACAACCAAAAAUUGAUGAGCAAACCUUGAAUGAGCUUUUUAACAAGAAAUCCAUGUCUUGUCUUCGCCGCAUUGCCGAGAGUGAUGAUAAGGUGCGGGGUAUUUUGAGUGUCGUGUGAAACUAGACGCUGUGCACUCAUAAAAUGCUUAUUCUGGAGCCUGCUUUUCACAUGGUUUCUACUUUCUUCGACAAAAAACGGUGCGAUAGUUACGGUCGUUGAGGAGCUGUACUAGGCACGUUACGAAACUACGAGGACAACGUUAAUGAGACCGCUUUUUUGACGAUCUCUGCACGAUCCCAGUAAGGUUGCAAGAAAGCGUGAUGCACGUGCAGAGUUAUUGUUUUUCUCAUUAAACCUAUUGAAUAGGAUUAAUGAGCAAAACAACAACUCUCUGCACGUGCAUCACGCUUUUUGUCAACUUCUGCUCCCAACAAGGUGAAAAAAUUCUACUAUAUCUCUUUGAUCUCGGACGUGGCCUUCUCUCUUCAACCCUAGCUUAAUGUUGCAUCUUUUUUUAAAGACUGAACGAGUUGGAAUUAUCGAGAAAAAGUUUGAAAGGACGCGAAGCCAGUUUCACUCGUGUCGCCGUUGUCAAGUCGUAGCGAUCAUGCAGCCUAGCGUUCUUGCGCGCCUAUAAAAAAUUCCUCUUUUUUCUUCCUUUUGAACGUGGUGAUCAUGUGGAAAGCAGGCGUUUGUCACGUGACGCCGGCAAAGUAAUUUCUCCACGGGUAAGGGGAGAGGGGGAGGGGGGAGGGGUGGUGCUUCGAUUGCACAUUGCUAGCGUAUGUACAGGUGAGAAGAUUGAGGCUACACUCACAAGGUACCGGUCGAAUUUUCACACUAACUGUACGAAAAUUUAAACGCCUAGCUGUUCAAAAAUUGGAACGCUAAAAUGGAGGUCAAAAUUUCGACCGGUAAGGUCGAAAAAUUGAACGGCUUAAGGUGCGAACACCAUGACAGGCUCAAUUUUUGCACGGCAAAGGCGUGGCAAAGGCGUGGCUGCAUGGAUGCUGGCUACUUAGCUGGAAAAAGAGAAAACAAUUUCAAACGGAUACUGUGAGCGUGGAUUUACGAGUCGUGUCAUUAAUCGCUUUGCUUGGAAACUCUUCAACCGGUCGGUACCCUGUGAACGUAGCCUGGGAAGGGCCUUGACGUUUGCUUUUUGUCUGGUUCUCACGUUACCCGAAAAAUUGUUAGGAAUUGAUGUUUUUGUGUGUUUUGUGUUUGUUAUGAAUCGUGUUUGUCUGUCUGUACAUCUUAGGCUUCUCUCUUUCGUCGAUUUUUAAACAACAUUAACGAAAAGCUCCGUCCAGACAAAACGAGAAAGACUGAUGCGCGAGAUUAGGAACAAGAGAUGUGCUAUGUGGAGGAAUCACCACCGGUCUCAAUCAGAGGAAACUGAUCAAGUUAAUGUUUUUUUGCUGGGAAGAAAUCAUAUGGAAAUGUAUAAAAUUAUGAUGUCUGUGGCUGAAAUAAGAGGAUCCUCUCUUGAUGUUCAGAAGUUCAACGAGUAUCGUUUUGAGCAGUAUUUGUAAAUAGAAUGCUUGAAUUGGAGAUAAUGACACAACGCGGGAAAAAGAAGAAAAAUUUAAAUAGACGUUAUCUAGGGAAUUUUAAAGACGGUUUGUAAUUUUUAAGUAUAAUAGCAGUCAUGUAUCAGAUAUAUUUUAAGACUGAAAGAAACUCUGUAUACGUAGCUUUUUUAUUUGAAAUUUGUCAGCGCGAAGAAUGUAAAAUAAAAUUUUUUUAACGCCGUCAUUUUUAAGAUGUCAUUUGGUUAUUGGAAGGAAUUUUAUGCACAGUUUCCUUUAUGUAUUAGUAGAGAAAAGAUUAAUUAGUGCAAAGUAAAUGAGGCUGGCUUCUCGUUAUAAAGCCUGCGCAGAGGCAAUAAAUCAGGAAAAUGUUGCAUUUCAACACACAGCACUGUCUGAAUCUAUUUUGAUUUGUUAAACAAGUUUAAUGCACGGACUGUAAGUACUUCUCAGUGCAGGACACCCAAGUUCCAGCUGGCAAUGUAGUGGUGUGGUUUUAUCUUGCGGCUUUCAUGAUAAGACGUGGUUACACAUGGUGCUCUAUGCCAUUUAAAAAAUAGGCUAACCUUAGAAUGGUCAAAUUUUCGGAUUUCAUCCACAGACUUAAAAUUAAGAGUCACCUUGAAUGUGUGUAUUCUUGACAGUAAUCAGUAGCACAGGAAGGUAUACUCAUUAGCUCUCAUAUGAAUGGUCACACGUUCAGGAUUCCAUCUUGACGUGGUGGAAACUUUCCCUGACCUUAAUGUUACGCUGCACAGUGAAUGAAUUUGGUGACAGGCUGAAAAUAAAAGCUAAUAAGCAUCUAAGCAGUGUGACAAGUAUGUUGGUAUUUAAUGGUAGAUUUUCCAUGAAUUAUAAGACAGAAAUUUAUCAAAAAUGACGACAUGCCUCCGGAGGGAUUCGAACCCUCGAUCACUGGUUUAAAAGACCAGCGCUCUUACCGCUAAGCUACGGAGGCAGUUGAUAUUGUCUCUCAUUGAUUUAAUGUACUGCAUAGUAAGAGUAUCUCAAUCAAGUUACUUUCGAAACCAAAGAGAUUGAUUGUUGAUAGGUUUGAUCGUUUGCUUCCGAGAGGAAGUGAAAUUUCAAUUAUAAUUUAAUUGAUUUAGAAGGUCUUAAACUGACUUUUCUGUCUUUACAUGUCGAGGAAUGUACUAUAUACUGGGCGGAUUUAGUCAAGGAAACGUUUCCAGCAAUUGAAAAGUUUAUUUGGUAGUUUAUUUUACUCUGCGUGUCCCGUGUCCCGUGUCCCGUGUCCCGUCUCGUAUUCGUCCCGUAAAUGAACUCAAUUUAUGAUAGAGCUGUUGUGUUUGUUUAGUAGCACUUUCAUUAGUUAUAGUCAUCUUCGCCUAAAUGAAGUGUUGUAAUUUAUUUGAAGACACUUAGAGGUGUUUAUACCCUUUAUUCUCUUUACAUUCGAUAAGAAUUGGCCAAGGCAGCAGAAUCAAGCGACUAAUUGUUGGCACAUGCUGUACUGUGAUUUUUCAUGUUAAACCGAUUUCAAACGUGGUGAAAUUCAAAAAGAUAGUGUUUUGACCCAAGAGGCACAUUCUAUGGCAAAUGAAAAAUAAUGAAGGUUAUUUUAGGAAAGUGUAACUUCAGAAAUAUAUUCGCUAAUAGGGGCUUAUGAUGUAACUGAUAGUAGGUUACCACCGUACCUUAUGGUUGUUUUCUCGAAAAUCAUUUUAUCUUAUUGGGGGUGUAAAAAAAUCCAUCUUUGAAAAAGGCGUCAGAAUUUUAUUUUAGCAACUUUUUGCAAAAGAACGUCAUAAUAUUCUUAUUAUCAUAGAAAUAUUUGGAAUCAGGCUCACCUCAAACGACAAAAGUCGGAUUCAAGUUAACAGUUUCACAAAUUAAGGAGAAAUGAGGAUAUAAAAACCGUCCAAAACUAAUUCUUUUUGAAGGAGACCGGAAAGAAAUUUUUUUUUCAUGUUUGUGUAGAUUUAAAAAACGGGAAAUAAAAAGUAAAGGGAGAACUUGGUCAUAUCUGAGUACCAAUUGAGGUCGCUGAUUGCCGUAUCUAUGCUGGUUUUUGAAAAUGUUUUUUUCCUUAAUUUAUCCCUUUUAUUUUGACCAUCACACUUGCGUUGAUGUUUGGUUUAAGAUUUCAAUGUUAACCUUUGAUCUUUUUGCUUUGUACCGCUAGGAGGCCAUUCAACACCCUGUAGUAAGAAUGUUGGUCAUGAGGAAAUGGAACAAAUUUGGACAUUGGUGGUUUUGGUUAGUUUUGCUGGUGUUCAGCAUUUCAUCAACAUUGUUUUGCCCAAUAACAAGGCAGCAAAGACAAGAGCUAUCAUAGCUUAUGGUCAAAAAAGUGUAGUCCACUACAAUUCUGUUGUCAGUUGUCGUAAAGCUGUUCCUCAGCGCUACCCUUAGCCUGAACCUGAAACAGCCGACAUUUUGCGACGCCACCACUCGUUUCUCAGCGAAAUGUCGUCUUAGAAACAUGCGCAGAAAUUCCAUGCUGAUGACGUGUCAUUACUCAGAUCAGAGCAGUGCUUCUGAUUGGUCGUGCCGCGAGGGAAAUUUGCUUCAGCCAAUCAAAAGCACUACUCAGAUCUUGGUUGUGACACGUCAUCAGUAUGGAAUUUCUCCGCUCGUCCCUGGGCUCAUUUUGUUUGGAAACUAGUGGUGGGCUUACGAAAUGUCGGUUGUUUUCCCAGGUUACACUUCCCUUCUUCUUACUGUUCUCACCAUGUUCUUAAAGUCAUUGGGCUAAGGUGGCAAGAUUGAGCUUGGAACAAGGUAAUACUUUCCUAUUUGUUUCCGUUGCAGCGUUCAGGCGGCUUUCUACCUACUGUUUCUACUAGUGUUGUCGUACGCGCUUAUUUACGGCUCAACAAGAGAAGAUCCAACUCAAUACAGUGGAAAAGCAGACGGUCUUCGACUGUUUUGCGAAAUUCUCACCAUCAUUUUUCUAAUGUUCUACUUUUUCGAGGAAGUCAAUCAAGCGGAACGGUGAGUUCUCAAAAUUGUAACCUUACCCCCACUUUCGAUUCCAAAUCACGAAAGCAUUAAACUAUAUUAAUAUGUUGAAAAAUAAAAAUUGAAGAGAAAGAUUAUUAAAUUACAGUCGAACUUCAUGGACACCUCAGAUGGGCGGUGGACACCUCCCUGAAACGGACGACACUUGCUCAUGUUCCCAACCACUUACAAACACUGCGACUUUAUUUGUAUCCCCCAAGCGGACACCCGUCAUAAGUGCACACAUGUUUAUGGUUCCAGCCACUAUAAGCACUUAAUUCUAACCCCCCUUAAGGGGGGCGGGGGGACACCUCCUCUAAGCGAACACUUUUUCCGGGCCCGGAGGGUGACUACUUACUGGAGGUUCGACCGCACAUUUUCUUCAGUUUUGGUAGGAAGGAUGAAACGUAAAAAGCCGUCAUCACGUUUAUUGUGCCCUGUCCUUUCCGCUUUUCUAAGGGACAAACGAUUUAAAACUUUACUCUUCAUAAUAAAGUGGCAAAGACAAGAUGACUUCUAGGGACCUCUCUAAUAACGAGACUUUUGUUGUAAUUGGCGCAAGUGUUAACCUGACUUUUGUUCAGGGCACACUACGCGAUGGAGACACGCUUAGCUGACGACAGUAUUGGUUUACUUUUGUGUUUCCUUUGUCCAGGGAAUGGAACUCUUAUUUCAGGGAUCCCUACAACUAUUUUGAUUGGCUGGGGCUUGUCUUGAUGUUCCUUGUCAUUCCUCUACGGUUUGCUGAAGUCCAGUCUCAAUGGAGUCUCGCUGGACUCGGCUACUUGUUCAAUUUUCUCAGGCUCUUCAAGUUCUCCUGUGUUUCCAGGUAAUUUUCGUUGGAACAGCGAUUCAAACGCGCACUAAUACAUAUUGUAGUAAUACUUUUUGGUGCUUUGUGCCACAGGAAGCAGGGUUCUGCUAACCUGGUAGUCCUGUGAUUUACGUUCCUCAAAGUAGUAAACUGUUACUUUUUUUGGCAGAACCACAGGCCUCUACACGAAGACUCUCGCCAAGAUAAUUUACAGAGACAUCACUCGCUUCAGUGUGGUAUUCCUUAUCGUUUUUAUUGGAUUCUGUGGAGCUAUGUUCAUGGCGCUGAAAGCCACAGACAAACAAGAUCUGUUCACGUAAGAGGCUUCUCUAUUGUAAUCACAACAUGAAGCCCAUUAAUUCCGUUGGUGUAGCCGCCAUAAGGUCGUUGAUCCAGAGUUUUGACACCGUCAUCCUAUUGUUGGUGUUAUAGUGGAGUGAGUGGAUACCGUAUUUAUUCGAUUAACCGCCCUGGGCGCUUAUUAAAUAUUUGGGCCUUGAGAGUGGGCGCUUAUUCGAGGCUGGGCGCUUAUUCGAAUAAAUACGGUAAUUCUGUCCCGGGAAUUCUCCAGAAUCGGGCCUUCUCACUUGGUACUGAGCUAUUUGGUUACACUUGAUGCUUUAGUACACCAGGAGUAGUGGCAAUGCUCAAAAUUUAAUGUAAAGCAAAACCCUUCUCAUCCUAUCUUGAAACUCAUUUAACUCUUUACAAUCCUCUAUUUUCUAGUAUUUUAAUUGACGAAGGCACGAACUGACACGAGUGUCAAAGCUCGGCGCUAAGGGGUGGGGGGACUGGAUUUGUUGCUUGCUCGCCCGUCCCCAGACCCCACUCACUGGUGCUUUGCGCUUUCCCUUGUUUUGUUUUCUUUGUCGCCAUUUGCGACAAAAGUGGAGACUGUGAACAAUCUUGAGAAGCACGUGACGUCCUUCUGCCAUGGAGAUCAUUUCUGGCUUGACGUUUAUGUUUGCAGGUACACUAAUCUUGCGUUUUAUUUUUCUUCUUUUUUCCAGGAAUUACUUCUGGUUGAUGCUGGCCGCUGUAAGAGCUCUUGUUGAACAGCAACCCGUAGAAGAAGACUAUUCUAAGUUCAGGUAAUGGCAAUAGGAGGGAAUCCACCUUGUACUGCAUUUUAAAGUGUAUGUAGAGUAUACGCUCGUUAUCUAGCUUUACUAGAGUAUACGCUCAUUAUCUAGCUUUACUAGAGUAUACGCUCGUUUUCUAGCUUUACUAGAGUAUACGCUCGUUAUCUAGCUUUACUAGAGUAUACGCUCGUUAUAUAGCUUUACUACAGCAUACGCUCGUUAUGUAGGUUAACGUUAUUCGUACGAAAUUGUUAAUACACAGAAGAGAAACAACCGUGCACGGCUUUGAGAUUCGAGAGACUUUUUUGUGUCAUUGUAACGCCCACUGUAAUAUUUUCUAUUUUUUCUUUUUUUUUUUUUUUCACAGCUGGCUGGCAAUCCUUAUUCUUCUUGCCUACAUGGCCAUGGUUAUUGUCAUUCUUCUCAAUGUUCUCAUCGCUCAGCUUAGUUUCACUUACAGUGAAGCUAAGAAGAACGCCAAGCUGCAGUACGCUGUCGAUAGAAUGAUCAUCAUCACUCGCUUGGAGCACAGCAGAUUUGCUAGAUUUGUAAGUUUUUACGUCCUUGAGGGUAACAAAGGGCUUAUAAUUUAACCGGCGCUCUUUUAUAACUAGCAGUCCAGUGAAUGACGACGCGCAGCCUUUUCUAAACAUCCCUAUUGCUCUUUUUCUGUAUUAAUUUUAUUGUAUCGUGGCGUUGCCCAAUCUCGUUUGCCCCGAACUGAAGAACAUCGUAAAGGCAGUGUACAAAUUGACUACGUUGUCUGUCCUCUUUUUACUGUAGAAUCUCCGAGUCAAAUAUUACCAAGAAGGCGAUCGAGUUAGCGAAACUAUGCUCGCUAAAGGUAAGUUAUAAUUUACAGAUCGCUCAUCUUUCGUCUUGUUUAGCACCAGUCUAAUUCGAUAUAAAAAACUUCCGAAAAAGGGGGGGCAUGAAAAAGUGCUAUGUAUGUUAUUACUAAUCGCAUAGGAGACUAAUCAGAAUAUAUUUGUGAAUGGAGAGAACUGAAAUAAAGUGAGAAGAAACAAUUGCUUUAAUUCUCGGAAUCCUGCUUGUGAGGUGAGAGGCCAUGAUUAGAAAACGAGAGGCCAUUUCAGUGAGCAGUCGAAUUCAUUAAAGCGGAAAACAAAAGAGGGCGCGCAUACAGGCAGGAUAAGAGAAGCGAAACCCAUCUUACCUCGCUCACUUUCUUUUCCGCUCUUUUAAGCACCCGCGCGUCUUAUGUGGUAAUAACACGAAAUGGGCUUUGAGAAGGAGCAUGUAGGUAUAUGGGACUUGGCGUCAUUUUGAGUGGUAUUUAUUUUUUUGCUUCGUUCUUAUAUGUGUAGAGAUGCUAGAGUAUAGUGAUGAGCGAAGUCCAUGGGAAUCAAUGGAGGACAAACUCACUUUAAUCAGGUACGCACACGAACAAGAGGGUCAGUCCAGUGAAAUGUGCUUCUGGUUACUGUUACACCUUUCCCUCUCAGCCCCGAACGUUCGUGAGGGAGAACUGAAGCCGUCAAACGCGUGACAAAUACCUAAGAGUUUUUACCUAGGAGGUCAGAGAAGUUUUUAGUUGAAAGAAUCGUGUUUCAUAAUACAAUAUUAUUUUUGGCGCGGUGAAAAGCGUUGCUUCUGCAAGAACUACUGAAUCGAAAACGAAAAUUGGGGCAACCACAUUCUCGCAAGUGUACAGGCAGCUGUCAGCAAGCUGUUGAAUUGUUACCAGCUGGCAUUUGUAUCCCUUUAAUUUAUUUCUGUUUAUUUUCAGGGACCUGAUGCGAAAAGUGGUCCGAAAAGUGGCGGAAAAGAGCGAGUGAAACUUAGUCCAGCUUAAACUAAUGGAGACUGAAUACGGACGGUUUUUUAAUUUACAGCUUUCCUUCUGUAAAUGUUUAAUAUCACACAACCAGUGGCUUGAUGGUUACGUUACAGUAAAGAUCAUUGGGAGAUGCAAGUAACAGCGGAAGAAUGAAUCGAAAAAUAGUGGCGGGCAUGAGCAAAAAGAGGGGGAAGUUACUAAACCCCUAGUCUUUUUCCUAGUCUUUUCACCUUUGUAAGUCAUUUUUUUAAUUCUAAGAUAUAAUAUGGUGUUAGAUCUGUCUGUACAGUUAUUCGAGUAGUUUCUUAUUUUCCCUCCAGAUUCUGUAACAUCCGUCUACCGUGUUAAAUGUACUGUUUUUAAGUAAAAUAAUAUCGGAAGUUUUUACUUCUCCGUUGGGACUAAUUGGUAUUUAUUAUUUCAGCGUUUUGAAAUGUACUCUUUUGCACUGUAAAAGGUAUUAGCAACAAGUAUUUAAAACUGUCUUUUAAAACAAUCAAUCAUUAUUCUUCUAGCCUCCUUUGAAGCAAAAUAGUUCCGAGGGACGUCUUUGCAUCUAAGUUAGUGGGAGAGGAGGAGAUUAAAAUAAAAAACCCGAGGGAUAAGGUUAGUUUUGAACACCACGUCUUAUACGUUUUUAUUGUUCAUUUCUGGUUGC